AUGAGCUCCAAAAAACUGACCGUAGGAUCUGAUUCGCAUCGGUUGAGCAAAUCCAGUUUUACAAGUAGUAAAUCGUCACAUUCAGCAAUAAAAGAUCAGCCGAUUGAUACAGAUGAUAUUGAUGAAGACGACGAAUCCGGUCAUAAUAUUAUCUUGAAUAUUAUCUCACAACUGAGACCAGGCUGCGAUUUGACCAGGAUCACCUUGCCUACUUUUAUUUUAGAAAAGAAAUCGAUGCUUGAACGUGUCACAAAUCAGUUACAAUUUCCUGAGUUUUUGUUGCAGGCGCAUUCAGAGAAGGACCCCUUGAAAAGAUUUUUGUACGUAAUUAAAUGGUAUUUGGCAGGUUGGCAUAUUGCGCCAAAGGCCGUUAAGAAACCGUUGAAUCCAGUCCUUGGUGAAUAUUUUACCGCUUAUUGGGAUUUGCCAAACAAACAGCAGGCAUAUUAUAUAUCUGAACAGACAAGUCACCACCCUCCAGAAUGUGCGUACUUUUACAUGAUUCCCGAAUCUUCAAUUAGAGUGGACGGUGUUGUUAUUCCUAAAUCUAGAUUUUUGGGAAAUUCAAGUGCAGCCAUGAUGGAUGGAUCAACAGUUCUGCAAUUUCUGGACAUAAAGGAUAAAAACGGAAACCCAGAAAAAUAUGUUCUUACACAACCAAAUGUAUAUGUAAGAGGAAUCCUGUUUGGGAAAAUGAGAAUCGAACUUGGAGAUCAUAUGAUAAUUAAAUCUCCUAACUUUCAAGCUGAUAUAGAGUUCAAAACAAAAGGAUAUGUUUUUGGGACUUACGAUGCGAUCGAAGGGACUGUUAAGGAUUAUGAUGGUAAUACGUAUUACGAAAUAUCUGGUAAAUGGAAUGAUGUUAUGUAUAUAAAGGAUUCAAAGCAAUCUCGUUCUUCACCAAAGGUCUUCCUCGAUACCCAUAAGGAGUCACCAUUGAGACCAAAAGUCCGUCCAUUGAGCGAGCAAGGCGAAUAUGAAUCCAGAAAGCUGUGGAAAAAGGUUACGGAUGCCUUGGCUGUUCGCAAUCACCCUGUUGCGACAGAAGAGAAAUUCCAGAUUGAAGACCACCAAAGACAAUUAGCCAAAAAACGCAUUGAUGAUGGUGUAGAAUUUCAUCCAAAGCUGUUUAGAAGAUCAAAACCUGGCGAAGAUCUUGAUUAUUGUAUUUAUAAAAAUAUUCCUGCCAAUGAGGACCCUGAAAAGCAAAUACGAAGCAUAUUGCAAAUAGCACCUAUUUUGCCCGGUCAGCAAUUUACUGACAAAUUCUUCAUCCCUGCAUUUGAAAAAAUAAAAUCACAAAAGAUGAUUGAAAGCAAAAGGUAG